GGCCGAGAAGCCGUUCGUCUGAAUUGCUGGCUUCAGGUGAAGCGCCCGCGGGGCCAGAGGAGCAGGAGCGCGCUGUUCGAGAAAGACAGUGUGUUGGUUUGAUUGGUCUGAUAGGUCAGUCAUGUCCACGCCACGGAAAAGGAGAGCCACGACGGAGAAACUCAUUAAGGAGGGUUUUAGCUCGAGUUAUGAAGACUCGGGCUCCGGAUUUGAGAGCGGGUUUUCCGACGAUGAGGAGAUGUUUUUCAGUGGAAUGGAUCCGGUCCAGGAUGACCCCAGACUGGCGCAACAUGAAGAGUCUGAGACCCCCACAGAAGCGCACUCUCCAGAAGCAGUCGCCAGCGAGUCUGAAUCUGAAGAAGAAAAACAAUCAUCGCAAGAGUCAGAGAGGUGGAAGAAUGUAGACGAGGAUGAUGCUGAGCCUUUCCCCUUUCAAUUCCGGCCUAACCGGACACCAGGAUAUCUUCUCGAGCAUACUCAAGAAUAUGGACCACUUGAUCUUUUCCUGCUGUUUUUUUCCAUGGAUGUCAUUGCCAGUCUCUGCAUUAACACCAACAAGAAUGCCAAGGUAAAGAAACAAAAAGGCAAGAAGUAUAAAUGGGAACCUAUAGAGAUUGGAGAGUUUAUGAAAUUCUGCGGAAUGCUUGUGUUUAUGGGCGUCAUUCGUUGUCCCUCAAUCCGAGAUUACUGGCGAACAGACAAUGUGUGGCAGACACCCUUUGUGAGGAGAAUCAUGAGGAGAGAUAGGUUUCAGGCCAUCAGCUGGAGCUUGCACAUCAGCGACCCAGACAAAGACAGUGAAAAUAAUGCAAAUAAAGGAACUGCAGGUUAUGACAGGCUGAUGAAGAUCAGGUCACUGAUGGAAAGCCUGAAAGUUGCUUGCAAAGCUUUUUAUCAUCCCAAAAAACACUUGUCUAUUGACGAACGAAUGGUACCCACAAAGGCAAAGAAUGGAUUGAAGAUGUACAUAAAGUCCAAACCCCAUAAAUGGGGUUACAAACUGUUUGUCCUGUGUGACUCAGCAAAUGGAUAUACUUGUGAUUUCAUUGUCUGCACCGGUAAGAGUCAAUUCAAAUCUCCCCAUGGACUAAGUUAUGAUUCUGUAGUUUCUCUUUUGAAUCCUAGCUUUCUCGGCACAGGUUAUGUUUUGUACUGUGACAGUUUCUACACGAGCCCCACUCUGUUCAGGGACCUUUACGAGAUGAAGAUAGGGGCGUGUGGCACAGUGCGAGAAAACCGAUCAGGGUAUCCAAGAACCCAGGAAAACAGUCUCAGUAGAACUUCAGAGCGAGGCAGCAUGAGAUGGAUCAGACAGGGACCCCUUUUGUUUGUGAAGUGGGUGGACACAAAAGAGGUCUCCAUCUGCUCCACCAUCCACAAGGCCUACACUGGAGAUGUGGUAUCAAGAAGGCAGAGACAACCUGACGGCACAUGGAAAGUCCGUGAAUUUCACCUGCCAGCACCAAUCAAGGCCUACAACAAGUACAUGGGUGGAGUAGAUUUGUCCGACCAAAGGCUUCAGAACUAUACCACCCGCAGAAAGACCUACAGCUGGUAUAAAACCUUUUUCUUCCACUUUCUGGACAUGGCUGUAGUGAACGCCUACCUGCUGUACAGAGAGCAAUGCGAAGUCAAGUCACGAAAACCCAUGUCGCACCUUGUUUUUCGGAAGAAGCUCUGUGAGGAGCUCUGUAAUGCUCAACUGAACUCUGAUCCUCGUAAAACUAUCCCAAUGGACCACGAAGUUCAGCGUAUCCAAGGGGGUCGGAGAGUGUGCAGACAAUGCAAGUUGGAAGGCAGGAGGAGUGACACUUCGUGGCAGUGUGGACGAUGUGAUGUACCACUGUGUGGAUCUGCUCCAAAGAACUGCUUCAGGAAGUGGCAUCUCCCCAGCCCUGUAAAGGCGAAGCUCUAGGGCCAUUCAAGUUUUGUGUGGGUCACUGCUGGAGCCUAUCCCAGGAUACACUCUGGACAGGUCGCCAGUCCAUUGCAGGGCAGACAGACAGAUGUGAGAGCAUCUGUAAAGGAUGAAGUGGAGACAGUAGAAGUUACAGAGGGAGUGAAUGUAACUCUGAG